CCUGGGAGGCACAGGCAGUGUCAGGUUUCAGACUCCAGCCAGCCAUUCAGAGCAAUGUCAGGGACCCGCCUUGGGCUGCUGGUCUCUGUCCUGUGCUGGGUAGUCAGAGCCUAUCCCAAUGCCUCCCCGCUGCUCAGCUCCAGCUGGGGUGGCCUGACCCACCUGUACACGGCCACUGCCAGGAACAGCUACCACCUGCAGAUCCACAGGGAUGGCCGUGUGGAUGGUACACCCCACCAGACCAUCUACAGUGCCCUGAUGAUCAGAUCAGAGGAUGCUGGCUUUGUGGUGAUCACAGGUGUGAUGAGCAGGCGGUACCUGUGUAUGGACUUCCGAGGCAACAUCUUUGGAUCUCACCUCUUCAGCCCCGAGAGCUGCAGGUUCCGGCAGCGGACACUGGAAAACGGCUACGACGUGUACCACUCCCCACAGCACCGCUUCCUCGUCAGCCUGGGCCAAGCCAAGAGGGCCUUCCUGCCGGGCACCAACCCGCCGCCCUACUCCCAGUUCCUGUCCCGCAGGAACGAGAUCCCCCUCAUCCACUUCAACACCCCCAGGCCGCGGCGGCACACGCGCAGCGCCGAGGACAUGGAGCACGACCCGCUGAACGUGCUGAAGCCCCGGCCCCGCAUGACCCCCGCUCCGGCCUCCUGCUCCCAGGAGCUCCCGAGCGCCGAGGACAACAGUGUGGUGGCCAGCGACCCGUUAGGGGUGCUCAGAGGCAACCGGGUGAACGUGCACGCGGGGGGGAUGGGCGUGGACAGGUGCCGCCCCUUCCCCAAGUUCAUCUAG